AUGAGUCUCCCGCAUGAUGCGCCUGCGAGCGUGAGAGCCGAGCCGCGGCUCGCUGCACCGUCCACGCCGGCGCACAAGGAGAAGCGGCUGGACGCUGGGAACCGACACCACGACCACUAUGCUCGACGACUGCCCGCCUGGCGCAAUGCCCUGCGCCAGCGCCUCAUACCCAUCGUCCGCUGGGAGACGCCGUGGCUCGCCUGGAUGCAAGCCAACACCCGCACGCCCGCCCUCGACACCUACUUCGCCUACACCGCCAACCUGGGCACCCACACCUUCUUCAUGGUCUUCCUGCCAAUCCAGUUCUGGUGCGGCUAUACAAGCCUGGGCCGAGCCACCGUCUUCAUGCUCGCCGCGGGAAUCUACUGGAGCGGCUUCCUGAAAGACAUGCUAUGUCUGCCUCGCCCUCUGUCGCCGCCCCUUGCCCGUAUCUCCAUGUCCGGCUCGGCUGCGCUCGAGUACGGCUUCCCCUCCUCGCAUUCAACAAACGCCGUCUCCGUCACCUUCUACGCCAUAUACAUGCUGCGCCAAGCAGACGAGUACAACUCGUGGGUCAGCGCCGCUCUCCACGCCCUCUUCUACCUCUACGCCCUCUCCAUCAUCGUGGGCCGGUUGUACUGCGGCAUGCAUGGCUUUCUCGACGUCCUGGUCGGGAGUAUGCUUGGCGCUGUCAUCACCGUCUUCCAGCUGGCCCUCAGCGAUUGGAUCGACUCGUGGGUCUUCAGUGGAUCCUACAAAGACGUAGUCGUUGCCACUCUCGUUGUUUUCGUCCUGGUCCGCAUUCACCCCGAGCCUGCUGAUGAUUGUCCGUGUUUCGACGACAGUGUCGCCUUCUCUGGCGUCGUCGUGGGUAUCAACAUCGGCGCAUGGCAUUACGCGCAGUCUGGGUUUGCCAUCAACCAUGUGUACCCCUCGACGGUGCCCUUUGAGCUGGCCCAGAUAGGAUGGCCCAGGGCCAUCAUUCGUACCUUGCUUGGUGUUGUCAUCAUCUUUGUAUGGAGGGCGACAGCAAAGCCUGCACUGUUCAAGACAUUGCCACCGCUGUUCCGCUUGCUGGAACGAGGCCGCAUGAACCUUCCCCGCGCCUUCUUUCUGAACGCCUCAUCGUAUACAUCGAUUCCUAACAUGCGUGAUGACGACAACGUCAUCCCACCAGCUUCUCAGCUUCCACAGAUGCUCAAGAAUUUGGCCCACCCUCGUAAACGAUCAGUCUCGGUCGGUCCCCAAUCUGCCUCGGAUGCCUACGAAACACUCGCGUAUCGCAAUCGAUGGCGACGAGGAAGCGUCAACUCGUCCGAUGGCACGGUGUUUGAAGAUUUGGAAUGGUCAUCGACUUCUCCGUCUCAAACAGUGACGCCUGCGGUCGAGAAAGGCCAACCACUUUUGGGAGCGGGCCUUUUACCAACGCCAAUGGCUUCUCGCGUCCAUUCCUAUGAGCAGAUGAUGGAAAUCGGCAACGUUCGAGGCCUAGAUGGCAGCGUAGAAACCCCACCAGAAAGUGACACGGAUCUUACAAGUGAUAUCUCGCUGAAGAAUGAGGAAGAAAUCGAAAAACGAGAAAUCUUUAUGAAGCUCACAAAACCGCGAGUGCGCUACGAUGUCGAAGUGGUCACGAAGCUGAUUGUAUACGCUGGCAUUGGUUGGCUGGCCGUGGGCAUUGACCCUAUCAUCUUCGAGAUGGUCGGUCUCGGCAUGGGCAUUCGACCAUAA